GCUGCCUGCCGUGCAGCAAGUCGUCCUGGCGGCGCACGCUGGCUCCCCCCGCCCCCAGCGGCUCUCAGAUGGGGGUCCCCUCUUGCCUCCCCGCGGAGAGCCUUGCUCAGAAGUGACGCCUCGCCUGCGCAGGGGCCGGGCGGGGAUGGGGACACACGCCCUUCCCCUCCGCCUGAAACCGCUCUCGGGAGCCCCUGCCGGCCACGCUGACGGCAGAAAUGACGGCCCGAGCAGGUGCCACGCGGAGGGCAGCCGCGUGCCUCCUGGGCAGCAGCAGGUCCUUGGGGAGCAGGGAGGGGCUCUGGUUCUAUAACGGGAAGCAAGCAGGAGUGACGGGAAGCACGCGGCUGUCAGGAGGAGCCUGCCCCUUCAUCCGCGUUCAUCCGGGCUCUGUGUGCUCGGAAGCGUCAGGUGCGGUUCCUGGACAUGCGCCACCGGAACGCAGCCGCGUUCAAGCGCGAACGGCAUCUCUCCCCCAAUUAUGGGCGAUGAAUUCCUUUCAUGUUUUGCCAGUUACGCUCUGGUGCCCAUUGGAGCCAAUCAGCUGAGUACAUAAUACAGAAUGAGGAGGAAAGAGACCAGCUACGAAACACCAAAAAUAACUGCUUGGUGCACUGAUAAUUGCGUUAUUCUCUGCUUUUCCACCACUCGCAUUAGCUCUGGGGGAAGGAAACAUCCUGCUUCCCUAAGUCGAACACUUUAUUGCCAACCUGAAACGAUUUCAGGAUUGGCUUCCAGAGGUGGAAGCAGCACAGCCGCGUGCACAGCGUUGCAAGUGUGCAGACAGCGGGCUCUCAGCAUCCUGCAAUUCUCCUCAAGGUGAGACCUUCCCAGCCCCCGGCCCCAGCCCACGUGUGGACCCCUGGUUACCCCCAUGCUCCGGUGUUGCCCAGUGCAGGCCUGGAGCAGCCAGGGAGCCACAGGGACCUGAAACAACACGCGUCUGUGUGUGACUCAGCCGGGGCUUCCCCGCAGCCUCUGGGCGCAGGAAGUUUACCUGGGAGGGGAGGCUGGAGAGGAGCCGGGGGGGAGAGGCAGGGGGCUGCAGACCCCGGGAGACCUGCCCAGCCGCUGGACAGUAUGGGCAGCUCUGGGGCCAGGACGAGGAGUCUGAGUGCAGGCAGGAGCUCCUUCUGCAGCCCAGCAAAUCCUCCACUGGUCUGGGUGAUCAGAGGGGGUGCCUGCCCGCGGGGCUCACAGUGGCGUCCGUCCAGACUGUGCCUGCAGCCACCUCAACAGCCUUCAGGUCAGAUGGGCCACCUCUUCUGAUUGAGGCAACAGGAGGGUGAGCUGAUAGGUCCUCACCCCACGCUUGGCAAAUGCCAAGGGCCCGUCCCUGCAAACAAAGAACCAAGGUCAGUGGGUCAGGGAGGGAGGAAGAGCCUCCCUGAAACUGCCCCAGCUCCGCCCCUGGAUAGUGGGGGGCCAGGUCCACAAAGCUCCCGCCCCCGAAAAGACAGAGGUAACCGGCUCCCGGGAAGCAAGCGGCUGCCUGCCUGCCGGGGGCACAGAGGAGCUGCUGCCGGCUUGGCCUGGCGGGUCCGCACCUGAUGGGUCAGUAAUCCGGAGGGUGAGCCCCCUUCGUCUGUUCCUCAGAGAACAGGGCCACCCUUUCUGGCUUCACGGUAGCAGGAAGGAGUUCUGGGCCAGGUCUGGAUUGACAGCAGCUGCCUGGGGGUUAGGUUGAAGGCAGAACACUGAUUUCAGGCCAGGUCCUCUCUGCCGAGGAGGCAGUAGAAUUUUCUGGAAGCUUCUGAAUGCAGGUCCCAGGCCGGCUCUGCAGGCCGAAGAGUGCUGGGCACCCGGAGCUGGGACGCAGGUGGGCUGCCGUGGGGCACAGCCAGGGCAUUCUCUGCAGCAGCCGGCUGUUAGGGGGAAGCCGAACCAAAGGGGGGGGGUUCCUGGGCCCCGGGCCUGGGCCCUGCUCCUGGGUCCUCCCCAGGUGGGCUCUGGGGCCUCCGCUGAGCCCCCAGGUCAGGGUCAGGGCGUGGCAUCCUGUGCAAAGAGCUGGGGGGUCCUAACUGCGAGGCGCCCCCGCCCCCGCAUGGGCCCAGCCAGCUGGACACCAUCAGGCUCCCUGCCCGCGUCUCCCGAGCCCAGCUGCAGGUGCGCACGAGCAGACCCAGGUGGGCGAGAAGCCCAGCCUCGCUUGCUGCCUCUGAACCACCAGCCCUCACGUGGUGACGUGGCUCCGGGCGAAGCGUGGGAGGCGCCACGGGAAGCUGCCAGGAGAGGGGUCUUGCAGACUCCCGGCUGCCCGCAGCACACAGGAUGCCCUCCGAGGGGACCGUGGGGCACUAGUGGGAACAGGCCCUGGGGUGAGGCACCUGCUCGUUGCUCUGGAGACCGUCCCCUGGCUGCCUUGCAGGUAGGGGUGAUGGGCGGGGGUCCCGAAGCUGCCACAGCACUGGGGGGGGGGGUGGCUGAGACGACAGCCUCUGGGGCAUGGGGCCCAGGGCACCCGGCUGCAGCUGACAGGGUGACAAGGAGGGGGUGUCCCCUGAUUCUUAAUGCCUCGGUCACCCGUGUUGCCUUCCCUUUCAGCCAAGUGACCGCUGGCCCAGGGACAUGCCUUGGCCCUGGGGGAGAGUGCUUGUGGCCCAGGAGCUGCUGCGUGUGGGUGUCAUUUCAGCAGCUCUUGUCCCAGGAGGCUCCUCCAGAGGCUAGUAUUGCACCCCUGCUUCUGCGCCGGACCUGAUGUAUACAACCUCCCUGCCUUUAGCCCUGAGGGUCUCCCCAGGCCCUCCUGGGGCUCCACUCAGACCACAGCCUUCCGUCUUCUGCGUCUAGGCUGACUGAGCUCUCUGAUCUCAGGGCCUUUGCGCUUGCUAUUUUAUCCGCUUGCAACCCUCUUGGCUGGUUUGGGAAUUCAUCUCACGUGUUGCCUCUUUCAGGAAGCCUUCUCUGACCAGGGCUAUCUACCUUCUGUGCUGAGCCGUCUCCUCUUUCAUGUCACUAGUGGGGUCACCUCUUGCCUUUGUUUGUGUAACUAGUUACUGUUUAUUUACCACCAUCAGCUUUGCUUCGGUUGCGUUCUGGCACAUAACAUCCACCUCCCAAACUGCGUGGCCUAAACUGCUUCUUCUGUCUGUGCUGCUGGGCAGAGGGAGGGCUCGGCUGGGGCAGCUUGGAGCCUUAGGCUGGCUGUGGGCCAUGUCACCUCAGCUGGGGCCAGAGCAUGGCUGGCCGGGAUCCUCUGUGUCCACACCGUCCCCACACAGCCAGUCUGGGCUCCCUGCAGUGUGGCGCAGGCAGACGCCAUGCAUGGCGGAUUUAAGGCCCCCAACCCUUCUGGAAGUUUCCAUUGUAUUCCGCGGUCCUCAGGGGGCCGGCCCAGGGUCAAGGGGAGGGACCACUCAGGGGCAAGUCCAUCGGGACACAUUUGCAUGGACGGCCAGCUGCCGCAGGGCUGAAGGCCAGGCACGAGAAGCGGCCGUGCGUCCCCCCCGCCCAGAGCCUGCGUGGCUUGGCCUGCAAGGAGGCGCGGGUUCUCUCCGGGCGGCGAGGGGACCCAGGCCGCUGGGACCCGAAGCUCCUGGGGAGGCGGCCAGACGCAUGCGCAUUCUCCCCGCAGCCGCCAAGGCGCAGCCUUCGCUCGCUCGCGGAGUCGGUUCAGGGGCGACCCUAGUUAGACUCCUUCCCCGUCCUGCUUUGGUACCAAGCCUCGGCAUCGACUGGCCGCGGCCCGAGGACACCCAGGGCCAGGGCUUAGAGAAGGACAGUGGAAACGGGGAGCUCGCUGCCAGCGCAUGCUCCGUGAUGGGGCGGCCAGGGCCGAGGCCCGGCGGUGGAGGCACCAGAGACCUGAUCGCUUCCUUGCUGGCAAAGCUUCAGCCUGCAGACUUGAGAUGAAAGUCAGCUGCGAUUUGCACAGGAUUUUAAAGUCAUGCACUCAUUUGAAAGCAAACGCUCUCACGGAAGCUAGAAUUACGGCCAGCAGAGUGGACAAGGGGGCUGUGGCUCUGCCUCCACCCCUGCCCCCAUUGCUGUUUUGGGGCGCCUCCGACUCAGGGGCCGCCGCUCUUCCCUCCAGGUGAAGCUCAGGACAUGGCUCUGUCCCCCGCUCUGGGUGAGCCCUCCCUUCUUGCCUUUGACUGUCUGUCCUCGCUGCCUGCACAUCCGUGUCGGCCACAGGGGAAAGCACACGGGCCGAGAUGCAAGCCCUUGGCCAUCCAGACUGGAGGAGGCAGAGUCUGGGUUACACUGGUCUGCGCAGUUUGAGUCGCUCUGCAGCUCGGGAAUCACCUGAGGGAGGUCGGAAAUGCAGGCUCCCAGGCCCCACACGGCUGCGGGAUAGGAGUCCCAAGUUUGGUCAGCCUCCCAGGGGUUCAGCUUCCCUCCCCUUCUCCUGCCCUCCC